CAGAAACCUAAAGUCAAUAUUGGAGACAAGUAAAUAGUGCCUGCAAUGCCACAUUAGGAGGGCUUGAGAACUGCUCAUUUUUAAGUGACAAGAGACUCCCUCUUCUCCAGAACCACAGAAGCAAUUGUGCUUUCAGGAUGAUUCCAUUCAGGCAGGCAGCUUAUUUCGUUUGCCUGUUUACUACAGUUUCCUGUGGGUGUCUGACUCAACUAUACAAGAAUGCCUUCUUCAGAGGUGGGGAUGUGACUUCCAUGUACAGCCCGAAUGCCCAACACUGUCAGAUGAUGUGCACCUUCCACCCCAGGUGUUUGUUCUUCAGUUUUCUUCCAGCAAGUUCAACCAAUGAUGCCCAGAAAAGGUUUGGCUGCUUCUUGAAAGACAGUGUUACAGGAACCUUGCCAAGAGUGCAUCAGACAAAUGCAAUUUCUGGACAUUCCUUAAAGCAAUGUGGCCAUCAAAUAAAUGCUUGCCACCGAGCCACUUACGAAGGAAUUGAUAUGAGAGGAACCAAUUUUAAUAUAUCUAAGGUUCAAAGUGUUGAGGAGUGUCAGAAACAAUGCACUGACAAUAUUCACUGUCAAUUUUUCACAUAUGCCACACAAACAUUUUAUAAUGCAGAACACCUGAACAAUUGCAUUCUAAAGAAAAGCGCAACGGGAACGCCCAGCAGUAUAAAGUUGCUGGAGAAUGUGGUGUCUGGAUUCUCACUGAAGCCCUGUGCGCUUUCGGAAAGUGGAUGCCACAUGAACCUUUUCCAGCAUCUCGCAUUCUCAGACGUGGAUGUCGCCAGAGUUCUCACUCCAGACGCUUUUGUCUGUCGCACCAUUUGCACCUAUCAUUCCAACUGCCUCUUCUUUACGUUCUACACAAAUGAAUGGGAUACAGAAUCGCAAAGAAAUGCGUGCUUCCUUAAGACUUCUGAAAGCGGUACACCGAGUUUCCCUACUCCUCAAGAAAACACGAUAUCUGGUUAUAGCCUUUUAACCUGCAAAAAAACGUUGCCUGAACCCUGCCAUUUCAAAAUUUACUCUGGAGUCGACUUUGGAGGAGAAGAAUUGAAUGUGACCUUUGUUAAAGGAGUGACCCUUUGCCAAGAGACUUGUACAAAGACAAUCCGCUGUCAGUUCUUCACCUACUCUCUACUCCCAGAAGACUGUAAGGGAGAGAAGUGUAGGUGUUCCUUAAGACUGUCUUUGGAUGGUUCACCAACUAGCAUUACCCAUGGGACACAAAAGAGCUCCGGUUACUCUUUGAGACUGUGUAAAACUGAGAAUGGCUCUGUUUGCACCACAAAAAUAAACGCACGCAUCGUGGGAGGAAGCAACUCUUCAAGGGGAGAGUGGCCCUGGCAGGUGAGCCUGCAGGUGAAGCUGGCGGCUCAGAGCCACGUGUGUGGAGGGUCCAUCAUCGGUCACCAGUGGGUCCUAACUGCAGCUCAUUGCUUUGAUGGGCUUCCCUUUCCAGAGAUUUGGCGCAUUUAUGGUGGAAUUUUAUAUCUAUCAGAAGUUACAAAAGAAACCGCUUUCUCACAAAUAAAGGAGAUUAUUAUUCACCCUAAAUAUAAAAUCUCAGAGACUGGUCAUGAUAUCGCCUUAAUACAACUUCAGGCUCCUUUGAAUGACACUGAUAUCCAAAAACCAAUAUGCCUCCCUUCCAAAGAUGAUACGAAUGCAAUUUAUACCAACUGCUGGGUAACUGGAUGGGGCUUCACGAAGGAGAAAGGUGAAAUACAAAACAUUCUACAGAAGGCAAAUAUUCCUUUGGUAACAAAUGAAGAGUGCCAGAAAAGCUAUAGAGAUCAUGCAAUAACCAAACAGAUGGUCUGUGCUGGCUAUAAAGAAGGGGGGAAAGAUGCCUGCAAGGGAGAUUCAGGUGGUCCCUUGGUUUGUAAGCACAACAACAUCUGGCUUUUGGUGGGCAUUACCAGCUGGGGUGAAGGCUGUGCCCGCAGAGAACAGCCAGGUGUCUACACCAAAGUUGCUGAGUAUGUGGACUGGAUAUUGCAGAAGAUGCAGGAAAAGGAUUGAGACAUUUAGGCUGCAGCUGGCUGUGUGGAGAGGCUGCACAGUGAAGGAGCGCCACUAGUUCCACAACCUGGGUUCAAGUCCAAUUCUGUGUUGGAGCCCUUGUCUGCAAAACACGGAGAGCGCGUCUACCUCACAACCUUGUCAUAGCAUGGAAAAGACAAUACACACACAGCUGCUGAGCACCCUGUCUUUCAAGGCAUGCUUUCAGCUCCGACUCACUGGGAGCUAAUAGCAGAGGAUGAUGGAAAUCGCCACGACUGACUGGGAAAUAAAAGGGCAGAAGAGCAUGACGAGAAAGUGUGACACACACCUGGAAAUAGGUGAAUCCAGAUUCUAGCCCUGAGCCUGGGGUCUUUCUAAUCUUAGUGCUUCUUCUGGAACUCCAUGUAUCCCAGAGAUGUAACUCUCUGUGUCUCACCUGCCUGCUCUUGGAAACCUGCCACUGGGGUGGGCACUGUGGCACAGGAAGAUAAGUCGCCACUUGCAAUACCCUCAGCCCAUACUGGAGUGCCUCAUUCCAGUCCCAGCUCCUCUGCUUCUGACAUCCAGCUUCCUGCUAACCUCAUGAGCAAUCUAGAUUCUGUUCCAGGCUCCUGGCUUCAGCCUGGCCCAGCCCUGGCUAUUGAGGGCAUUUGGAGAGCGAACCAGUACGUGGAAGAUUUUUCCCUUUCUUUGCUUUUAAAAUAAAAUGAAAAUAAAUAUGAAAAACAAA